AUGGGCAGGGGGGCAGUGGCCAAGGCCACCUUCCCCAAGGUCACUGGCCCAGGCCAUGGGACUGGACUGGACCGGGCCGGGCGGGGCGGUGGCAGUGACUCACACAUCCCCGAGCUGGGCGGUGUUUCCUCCCCCAGUCAGCUGCUCGGCCUGGCGGGGGCACUCUGGGGGAGCGGCGGGGGCCUGGCCCCCCUGUGGAGGCCUGUAAGGGGACCCGCCCAGUCCCUCUGGGGGCCUGUGGGCGGGGCAGUGGAGGGAGGGGCCGUGGAGGGGAGGAGUGGGGAGGACGGCCAGAGGGAGCUGCAAACCUGGGAUCUUCACUUCGGGGCAAGUUGGGAGGACGUCGGGUUCGUGUCUAGCCGACAGUUGCAGCCUGAGGAGCCAGAUGCAGAAACCAAGGAGGACCACUCUGUGACUGAAGGGUCUGUGGAUGAGAUCAUUCGGCCCCGGCCACAGGGGUCCUCGCCUAUCUACGAGUACGUGACUGAGGGUGCCAGCUUCGGACUCCCGGAAGACACGCCAAGGAGGCGGAGGUCCUGGUGGAAGCGGGAUUCGGGGGCUUCGCAGACGCAUUCCAGGAUGAGCCGUCUGGAGUCCACGCAGGAGGCAACGGGUGGGACACUGAAGACCAAGGUGGAGGCCGGAGCCAGUGGCUACAUUGUCACGCGCGGCGGGGACCAGGGGAUCUUUGUCAAGCAAGUGCUGAAGGAGUCCUCAGCCGCCAAGCUCUUCAGCCUGAGAGAAGGGGAUCAGCUGCUCAGCACAACCAUCUUCUUUGACGACAUUAAAUAUGAAGAUGCUCUGAAAAUCCUUCAGUACUCAGAGCCUUACAAGGUUCAGUUCACAAUCAAACGGGAACUUCCUGCCAGGGAGGACGAGGAGGGAGCUUCUGGCGGCGCUCAGCGUGGCUCAAGGGGCAGCAAGGAGCAGGACCAGGAUAUCGCCGACGGGUGCACGGAGACCCCCACGAAGACGCUGCAGGAGGAUGGAGACCAGGAGAGGCUCAUCUCCAAGCCCAGGGAGGGCAGAGGCAGGCAACCCCAGAGGGAGCGGCUCUCCUGGCCCAAAUUCCAAGCUCUGAAGAGCAAGCGUGGGCCAGGGCCCCGGAGGUCACACAGCUCUUCGGAGGCCUACGAGCGAGGGGACGUGCCUGACCUGCCCCCCACGAGCACAGACACGGAGGCCCAGCUCCCGGAAGAGGAGCAGGUGCCAGAAGCAGGGCCGGGCAGCCAGCGGAAGAGAAGUUUCCCGAACCUGAGAUUCCGGGUGGGCUCAGGGAAGGGGCUGUCGGGCAGGGGAGCCCACGGUGGGACAGUCCAGGCUGGGGUCCUGGUGGAGACGGGGCCCUGGGAUUCCGGGCGCGAGGCUGUCAGGGCUGCCGCACAUGGCGGAAGAGAGGACAGGACGGCAGGGGUGCCAGAGGAGGCCGAGCCCCCCACGGAGCCUGGCCUCCCCAGUGAGGGAGCCCCGGGGGAAGGGGCCGGCCCAGCCCCAAUACAGAGCAGGGAGGGGGCCAGGGAAGGCACGCACGCGCUGGAGAUCGGCAUUGCCAGACUGUCUCUGCAAGACUCAGCAGACCGAGGCAGCCACCAAAACCACCAGCCAGAAUUCCACAUCCGCAUACCCACUUUAAAGCCACCCAAGUUUGGACUUUACAAAGAAGAAGUGCUCGAGAAAGAAGGGGCCACGACAGCUCUCCAGGGGGGACCAUGGCAGAGAAGGGUCUCUGGUGAGGACACGGAGGCCAAGGGGGAGGACGCAGGUGAAGCAGAAACACACAGGACCAGACAACCCCCAGUCCAUCAGGAUGCUCUGCCAGCACAAGAGGGAGGAGAAACGGAGGAAGAUGCAGCCCGGAAGGGAGAAGAGGACAGCGAGGGAGGGGACCAGCACACGGAGGAGAAGGAGGGAAAGAUGGAAAUGCUAAAGUUCAAGCUGCCCUCCUUUGGGUGGUCACCAGCGAAGGAGGCAAAAGGAGACAAAGUGACACAACUCCAGGAAACGGAGAAGGAAAAGGAAAGCAGCAUCACAGUAGUAACAUCAGAGACAGACAUAAAAGACAAAGAUGGACUAGAGACAGACAGCAAGUUCAAAAUGCCCAAGUUCAAGAUGCCGUCCUUUGGGGUGUCAGUGCCCAGAAAGUCUGUCGAGGCCGCCGUGGAGGUGUCCAAGGCCCAGGCCGAGGUGACCCUACCCUCGGUGCAGGCCAACGUCAAGACCAGUGACCUCAGUAUCGAGCUGCCCUCUGCCGAGCUGGAGGUCAAGGCCGCCGAGGUGGGCAUGAAGCUCCCAGAGGGCCACAUUCACGAAGCGGAGCCCAAGGAAGCAGCUGCGGGAAUCGGACUCAAGGGCCACCUGCCGAAGGUGCAGGUACCCAGCAUCAAGGUGCCCAAGGGGGACAUCAAGGUGCCCAAGGGGGACAUCAAGGCACCCCAGGUGGACAUCAAGGGGCCCAAACUGGAUUUGAAGGACACCAAGGGCGAGGUGAUGGCCCCCGAUUUGGAGGUGUCACUGCCCAGCGUGGAGGUGGACACCCAGUCCGCGGGCACCAAGCCGGCGGACGACGUGUCCCUUGGGGACAAGGAGGUGGCCGCCAGAGACAGCAAGUUCAAAAUGCCCAAGUUCAAGAUGCCGUCCUUCGGGGUGUCGGUGCCCAGCAAGUCAGUCAAGGCCACCGUGGAGGUGUCCGUGCCCAAGGCCCAGGCCGAGGUGACCCUGCCCUCGGUGCAGGCCGGCGGCAAGACCAGUGACCUCAACAUCGAGCUGCCCUCCGCCGAGCUGGAGGUCAAGGCCACCGAGGAGGGCGUGAAGCUCCCAGAGGGCCACAUUGCAGAAGCAGAACCCAAGGAAGUGGCAGCGGGAAUUGGACUCAAGGGCCACCUGCCCAGCGUGCAGAUGCCCAGCAUCAAGGUGCCCAAGGUGGACAUCAAGGGGCCCAAACUGGACCUGAAGGAGGCCAAAGGCGAGGUGACGGCCCCCGACGUGGAGUUGUCACUGCCCAGUGUGGAGGUGGACACCCAGGCCACAGGCAUCAUGCUGGAGGGCGACGUGUCCCUUGGGGAAAAGGAGGUGGCCGCCAGAGACAGCAAGUUCAAAAUGCCCAAGUUCAAGAUGCCGUCCUUUGGGGUGUCAGCGCCCAGCAAGUCCGUCGAGGCCGCCGUGGAGGUGUCCGUGCCCAAGGCCCAGGCCGAUGUGACCCUGCCCUCUCUGCAGGCUGACGUGAAGACCAGUGACCUCAGCAUCGAGCAGCCCUCCGCCGAGCUGGACGUCAAGGCUGCCGAGGUGGGCGUGAAGCUCCCGGAGGACCAUCUUCCCGAAGCGGAGCCCAAGGAAGUGGCAGCGGGAAUUGGACUCAAGGGCCACCUGCCCAAGGUGCAGAUGCCCAGCAUCAAGGUGCCCAAGGUGGACAUCAAGGCCCCCCAGGUGGACAUCAAGGGGCCCAAACUGGAUUUGAAGGACACCAAGGGCGAGGUGAUGGCCCCCGAUGUGGAGGUGUCACUGCCCAGCGUGGAGGUGGACAACCAGUCCGCGGGCACCAAGCCGGCGGACGACGUGUCCCUUGGGGACAAGGAGGUGGCCGCCAGAGACAGCAAGUUCAAAAUGCCCAAGUUCAAGAUGCCGUCCUUCGGGGUGUCGGCGCCCAGCAAGUCAGUCAAGGCCACCGUGGAGGUGUCCGUGCCCAAGGCCCAGGCCGAGGUGACCCUGCCCUCGGUGCAGGCCGACGGCAAGACCAGUGACCUCAACAUCGAGCUGCCCUCCGCCGAGCUGGAGGUCAAGGCCGCCGAGGAGGGCGUGAAGCUCCCAGAGGGCCACAUUGCCGAGGCAGGGCCCAAGGAAGUGGCAGCGGGAAUUGGACUCAAGGGACACCUUCCCAAGGUGCAGAUACCCAGCAUCAAGGUGCCCAAGGUGGACAUCAAGGGGCCCAAACUAGACCUGAAGGAGGCCAAAGGCGAGAUGACGACCCCCGACGUGGAGGUGUCACUGCCCAGCGUGGAGGUGGACACCCAGGCCGCGGGCAGCAAGCUGGAGGGCGACGUGUCCCUGGGGGACAAGGAGGUAGCCGCCAGAGACAGCAAGUUCAAAAUGCCCAAGUUCAAGGUGCCGUCCUUCGGGGUGUCGGCACCCAGCAAGUCUGUCGAGGCCACUGUGGAGGUGUCCGUGCCCAAGGCCCAGGCCGAUGUGACCCUGCCCUCGGUGCAGGCCGACCUGAAGACCAAUGACCUCAGCAUCGAGCUGCCCUCCGCCGAGCUGGAGGUCAAGGCUGCUGAGGUGGGCGUGAAACUCCCUGAGGGCCACCUUCCCGAAGCGGAGCCCAAGGAAGCGGCAGCGGGAAUUGGACUCAAGGGCCACCUGCCCAAGGUGCAGAUGCCCAGCAUCAAGGUGCCCAAGGUGGACAUCAAGGGGCCCAAACUGGACCUGCAGGACGACAAGGGCGAGGUGACGACCCCCGACAUGGAGGUGUCACCGCCCAGCGUGAAGGUGGACACCCAGGCCACGGGCAUCAUGCUGGAGGGCGACGUGUCCCUUGGGGACAAGGAUGUGGCCGCCAGAGACAGCAAGUUCAAGAUGCCCAAGUUCAAGAUGCCGUCCUUAGGGGUGUUGGCGCCCAGGAAGUCCGUCGAGGCCGCUGUGGAGGUGUCCGUGCCCAAAGCCCAGGCCGAGGUGACUCUGCCCUCGGUGCAGGCCGACGUCAAGACCAGUGACCUCAGCAUUGAGCUGCCCUCUGCUGAGCUGGAGGUCAAGGUCCCCGAGGUGGGCGUGAAGCUCCCGGAGGGCCACCUUCCCGAAGCGGAGCCCAAGGAAGCGGCAGCGGGAAUCGGACUCAAAGGCCACCUGCCCAAGGUGCAGAUGCCUAGCAUCAAGGUGCCCAAGGUGGACAUCAAGGGGCCCAAACUGGACCUGAAGGACGCCAAGGGUGAGGUGACGGCCCCUGAAGUGGAGAUGGCGCUGCCCAGCGUGGAGGUGGACACCCAGGCCGCGGGCACCAAGCUGGAGGGUGACGUGUCCUUGGGGGACAAGGAGGUGGCCGCCAGAGACAGCAAGUUCAAAAUGCCCAAGUUCAAGAUGCCGUCCUUCGGGGUGUCGGCGCCCAGCAAGUCAGUCAAGGCCACCGUGGAGGUGUCCGUGCCCAAGGCCCAGGCCGAGGUGACCCUGCCCUCGGUGCAGGCCGACGGCAAGACCAGUGACCUCAACAUCGAGCUGCCCUCUGCCGAGCUGGAGGUCAAGGCCGCCGAGGAGGGCGUGAAGCUCCCAGAGGGCCACAUUGCCGAGGCAGGGCCCAAGGAAGUGGCAGCGGGAAUUGGACUCAAGGGACACCUUCCCAAGGUGCAGAUACCCAGCAUCAAGGUGCCCAAGGUGGACAUCAAGGGGCCCAAACUAGACCUGAAGGAGGCCAAAGGCGAGAUGACGACCCCCGACGUGGAGGUGUCACUGCCCAGCGUGGAGGUGGACACCCAGGCCGCGGGCAGCAAGCUGGAGGGCGACGUGUCCCUGGGGGACAAGGAGGUAGCCGCCAGAGACAGCAAGUUCAAAAUGCCCAAGUUCAAGGUGCCGUCCUUCGGGGUGUCGGCACCCAGCAAGUCUGUCGAGGCCACUGUGGAGGUGUCCGUGCCCAAGGCCCAGGCCGAUGUGACCCUGCCCUCGGUGCAGGCCGACCUGAAGACCAAUGACCUCAGCAUCGAGCUGCCCUCCGCCGAGCUGGAGGUCAAGGCUGCUGAGGUGGGCGUGAAACUCCCUGAGGGCCACCUUCCCGAAGCGGAGCCCAAGGAAGCGGCAGCGGGAAUUGGACUCAAGGGCCACCUGCCCAAGGUGCAGAUGCCCAGCAUCAAGGUGCCCAAGGUGGACAUCAAGGGGCCCAAACUGGACCUGCAGGACGACAAGGGCGAGGUGACGACCCCCGACAUGGAGGUGUCACCGCCCAGCGUGAAGGUGGACACCCAGGCCACGGGCAUCAUGCUGGAGGGCGACGUGUCCCUUGGGGACAAGGAUGUGGCCGCCAGAGACAGCAAGUUCAAGAUGCCCAAGUUCAAGAUGCCGUCCUUAGGGGUGUUGGCGCCCAGGAAGUCCGUCGAGGCCGCUGUGGAGGUGUCCGUGCCCAAAGCCCAGGCCGAGGUGACUCUGCCCUCGGUGCAGGCCGACGUCAAGACCAGUGACCUCAGCAUUGAGCUGCCCUCUGCUGAGCUGGAGGUCAAGGUCCCCGAGGUGGGCGUGAAGCUCCCGGAGGGCCACCUUCCCGAAGCGGAGCCCAAGGAAGCGGCAGCGGGAAUCGGACUCAAAGGCCACCUGCCCAAGGUGCAGAUGCCUAGCAUCAAGGUGCCCAAGGUGGACAUCAAGGGGCCCAAACUGGACCUGAAGGACGCCAAGGGUGAGGUGACGGCCCCUGAAGUGGAGAUGGCGCUGCCCAGCGUGGAGGUGGACACCCAGGCCGCGGGCACCAAGCUGGAGGGUGACGUGUCCUUGGGGGACAAGGAGGUGGCCGCCAGAGACAGCAAGUUCAAAAUGCCCAAGUUCAAGAUGCCGUCCUUCGGGGUGUUGGCGCCCAGCAAGUCAGUCAAGGCCACCGUGGAGGUGUCCGUGCCCAAGGCCCAGGCCGAGGUGACCCUGCCCUCGCUGCAGGCUGACGGCAAGAUCAGUGACCUUAGCAUCGAGCUGCCCUCUGCCGAGCUGGAGGUCAAGGCUGCCGAGGUGGGCGUGAAGCUCCCGGAGGGCCAUCUUCCUGAAGCGGAGCCCAAGGAAGCAGUGGCGGGAAUCGGGCUUAAGGGCCACCUGCCCAAGGUGCCUGGACCCAGCAUCAAGCUGCCCGAGGUGUACAUCAAGGCCCCCCAGGUGGACAUCAAGGGGCCCAAACUGGACCUGAAGGAUGCCAAGGUCGAGGUGACGGCCUCCAACAUGGAGGUGUCACUGCCCAGCGUGGAGGUGGACACCCAGGUAGCGGGCUCCAAGCUGGCGGGUGACGUGUCCCUGGGGGACAAGGAGGUGACCACCAGAGACAGCAAGUUCAAAACGCGCAAGUUCUCGAUGCCGUCCUUUGGGGUGUCAGUGCCCAGCAAGUCCGACGAGGCCGCUGUGGAGGUGUCCGUGCCCAAGGCCCAGGCCGAGGUAACCCUGCCCUCAGUGCAGGCCAACGUCAAGACCAGUGACUUCAGCAUUGAGCUGCCCUCUGCUGGGCUGGAGGUCAAGGCCGCCGAGGUGGGCGUGAAGCUCCCAGAGGGCCACAUUGCCAAAGCAGAGCCCAAGGAAGUGGCAGCGGGAAUUGGACUCAAGGGCCACCUGCCCAGCGUGCAGAUGCCCAGCAUCAAGGUGCCCAAGGUGGACAUCAAGGCCCCCCAGGUGGACAUCAAGGGGCCCAAAGUGGAACAGAAGGACGACAAGGGCGAGGUGAUGGCCCCCAACGUGGAGGUGUCACUGCCCAGCAUGGAGGUGGACACCCAGGCUGCGCGCAGCAAGCUGGAGGGCGACGUGUCCCUGGGGGACAAGGAGGUGGCCGUCAGAGACAGCAAGUUCAAAAUGCCCAAGUUCAAGAUGCCAUCCUUCGGGGUGUCGGCUCCCAGCAAGUCCAUUGAAGCCGCCUUGGAAGAGUCCGUGCCCAAGGCCCAGGCCCAGGUGACCCUGCCCUCAGUGCAGGCCGACCUGAAGACCAGUGACCUCAGCAUCGAGCUGCCCUCCGCCGAGCUGGGGGUCAAGGCCGCUGAGGUGGGCGUGAAGCUCCCAGAGGGCCAACUUCCCAGAACAGAGCCCGAGGAAGUGGCGGUGGGAAGUGGACUCAAAGGCCACCUGCCCAGGGUGCAGAUGCCCAGCAUCAAGGUGCCCAAGGUGGACAUCAAGGCCCCCCAGGUGGACAUCAAGGGGCCCAAAGUGGACCUGAAGGACGACAAGGGCAAGGUGAUGGCCCCCAACGUGGAGGUGUCACUGCCCAGCAUGGAGGUGGACACCCAGGCCGCGGGCAGCAAGCUGGCAGGUGACGUGUCCCUUGGGGACAAGGAGGUGGCCGCCAGAGACAGCAAGUUCAAAAUGCUCAAGAUCAAGAUGCCGUCCUUUGGGGUGUCGGCGCCCAGCAAGUCCGUCAAGGCCACUGUGGAGGUGUCCGUGCCCAAGGCCCAGGCCGAAGUGACCCUGCCCUCGGUGCAGGCCGACGGCAAGACCAGUGACCUCAGCAUCGAGCUGCCCUCCGCCGAGCUGGACGUCAAGGCCACCGAGGUGGGCAUGAAGCUCCCAGAGGGCCACCUUCCCGAAGCGGAGCCCAAGGAAGUGGCAGCGGGAAUUGGACUCAAGGGCCACCUGCCCAAGGUGCAGAUGCCCAGCAUCAAGGUGCCCAAAGUGGACAUCAAGUCCCCCCAGGUGGACAUCAAGGGGCCCAAACUGGACCUGAAGGACGACAAGGGCGAGGUGAUGGCCCCCGGCGUGGAGGUGUCACUGCCCAGCGUAGAGGUGGACACCCUGGCCGCGGGCAGCAAGCUGGAGGGCGACGUGUCCCUGAGGGACAAGGAGGUGGCCGUCAGAGACAGCAAGUUCAAAAUGCCCAAGUUCAAGAUGCCAUCCUUCAGGGGGGUGUCGGUGCCCAGCAAGUCCGUGGAAGCCGCCUUGGAGGGGUCCGUGCCCAAGGCCCAGGCCGAGGUGACCCUGCCCUCGGUGCAGGCCGACGGCAAGACCAGUGACCUCAGCAUCGAGCAGCCCUCCGCCGAGCUGGACGUCAAGGCCACCGAGGUGGGCGUGAGGCUCCCGGAGGGCCACCUUGCCGAAGCGGAGCCCAAGGAAGUGGCAGCGGGAAUUGGACUCAAGGGUCACCUGCCCAAGGUGCAGAUGCCCAGCAUCAAGGUGCCCAAGGUGGACAUCAAGGCCCCCCAUGUGGACAUCAAAGGGCCCAAACUGGACCUGAAGGACGCCAAGGGCGAGGUGACGGUCCCCGAUGUGGAGGUGUCACUGCCCAGCGUGGAGGUGGACACCCAGGCCGCAGGCAGCAAGCUGGAGGGCGACGUGUCCCUUGGAGACAAGGAGGUGGCCCCCAGAGUUAGAAACAUUAAAAUGGAAGGCGGAGGUAAUAUCCAAAUCAAGAAAUCACAUUUUAAAGUUCCCAAAUUCUUCUCUUCAUCUGACAAAUCCUUCAAAAGUUCUUCACCAGUAGGUGUUAAUUUUGGGGUUUCUCUGCCCCCAAGUACCUCUGUCACGUUCUCAGAAUUUAGUGGUGGUGGAUCUUUGACGCAGGAUUUGGCCACCAGGGAGCCGUCCGUGCCUCUUGCCUGGUUGGGUUGGCCUGGUUUUUCUGGCAGCCUUGAUCUCAGUGGUACCCAUGCCGAGCCUGCCUCUCUGUCUCCUGCCGAGGGCAUCAUACUCACAAAAUACCAGGUGACUCUCCCUGGAGCCGCCGUCCCCCCGGAGCUCCCUCUGGAAGCAGCCCCUUGUUCCCAGAACGAUGCCCAUCUUCCCAGCACAGAAAGCUCUGCCCGUCUCCCAACCCAGGAGAGAGUUGCAGUGUCCCAGACUGACUGUCCCGCAGGCCCUGUGGACCCCAUGUUUCUUGCAUCGUAUGGUCGGGUGAGUUUUCCUAAGUUUCAUCCACCAAAGUUCGGGUUUUCUGUCCCAGAAGUAGCCGAUGCAGAGGUGGAGGCCGGUGCCGGGGAUUGUGCCCCCUCUCUAUCCACUACUGGCCCUGCCCGGGGCCUGGACUCCACAGCUGUGCCGCGCAGCGCGGGGCCGUCGGCAGUGGCUGCAGGUGAGACCCCAGCUAAAGAUACUGAACGUGGAGGGAAAGACAGUCCCUUAAAAAUGCCGUGGAUCAAGCUUCCGUCAUUCAUGUGGUCCCCAAAGAAGGGGACGGUGCCCCCAGGGGAUCCCGAACGCAGCCUGGACGCCGCAGAGCUCGGCUUGGCUGUGGACACGGGUCCCAAGGGCGUGCCCCCUGGGUGUCCUGUGUCUGCAGCGGAGGUGGCAGUGCACGCGCUGCCGGACAAGGACGGAGAGGGGAGAGGCGUGAAGUCGCCUGGCUGCGCCGUGCUGGAACACGCGCCUCCCACAGCGCCCGCUCCAGGGGGAGGGCCCGGCCUGCCACGGGGAGACCCUGCUGCCCCACGCUCUAGGCCCCCGGCGGGCGGUGGCGCUCGUGCCACGGAGAGGGCUGGUGGUGCGGCUGGUGCUGGGGGCACCGGCACGGUGGUCGGCCCAGAAGGAGCGGGCGCGGACCUCCGUCUGCCACAAGCCCACGCUCCCCUUUUGGACUUUGCCAGACCCGACCUCAGACCCAGCAAGGCCAAGGUGGGGGUGAGCUCGUCUGCUGGUGGCCCUCCGUCUCUGGGACACAGCAGCCAAGGGCACGGGCUUCAGGACGGCUCGGCAAGCCAGCCUCUCGGCGAGGCGACGGCCCCCUCAGUAGGAGACCCCCAGCAGCCGUCCUGCAGCCCAGCAAAUGUGGACGUUCCUGCGGUGGAGACCGCGGCCUCGCCUGGGGGCUGGUUCAGGAUGCCCGCGCUCCGCCUGCCCAGCAUCCGGCGCCCCGCCAAGGAGAGGGGGGCGGCUGGGGCUCAGGGGGCGCCAGUGCCCGCGCCUGCCGCCAGCGCACUGAGGGAAGGAGAAAGGCCAGCUCUAGUCAAGGGUCAGGGGGUUCCUGGGUCAGAGGUGGAAGAAGCUAUGUCCCUGCAGCCCCCAGAGGCAGGGGCAGACGAGGCAGCUGCGGAGCUCGCGUCCUACGCAGACGCAGACAUUCUAAAGAGAAACCUUGAGGAAAAAGGCUCAGAGCCGCACCUCUCUGCUGCAGGGGUGCCCGCUGCGGACCUUUCCCCUUCCGAGGUCAGGGUCCGUCCAGGCGAAGGCUCCCUGCCUCUUCAGAUGCCCAGCGGCAGACUUUCAGGAACCCAGGUUCCACUGGGAGAAAUGGGCACGGCUCCUCCUGGGCCUGCGGGACUGGACCUUGCUGCGGGGGAGGGGAGGGCAGAGGAAUGGUCCUCCCAGCCUGAAGGCCCCAUUAAACUGAAGGCGUCCAGGACCGACGGGCCGUCCCAGGUUUCUGUCGUUAACAUGGGUCAGCCCUGGGAAGGCUCCGUGGUAACUGUCAAACUGCCCAGGUUAAGCGUGCCAAGGUUCGCCUUUCCUGACCCCAGCUCCGAGGCUGACAUCUUUAUCCCCGCCGUGACAGAAGUGCGGUGCCCAGGGAGCAGCCUUGCCCACGCCCUGCACGAGGAAAGCCCGGGAGUCUGGGGUGCCAGCAUCCUGAAGGCAGGUGCUGGGACCCCCGGGGAGCAGCCCAUGACCCUUGACUUCUCCCCGGAAGCUUCCCCCAUUUCCAAGGUCAGAAUGCACACUCAGCGCGCUCAGGGAGAGAGCCCCGAGGUCGCCGUCCACAGCAGGGUGACGGCAGAGUUGGCUGACCUCUCAGGACCCGAGGCUAUUUCCACCCAGGUCGUGCGGCAACUGGAGAUCCCCGCCUCCGAGAUCCAAACGGCUUCUUGUGGAUUCUCGUUGCGCACGGUGAAGAUGCCGGAGCCCCGCACACAGGUGAGUGUCCGAGGCUCCCGGCUGAGGGAGGGCCUGCAGGAGGCUUCCAAACAAGCCACCCCGGGAGCAGACCCCGCUUCUGGAGAUCUGCAGCCGGACACCGGAGAACCGUUUGAAGUGAUCUCGUCCAGUGUCGAUGUGCCUGGACGGCCGACAUUCACGCCCAAAGUGCACUCUGGCCACCAGGGUGCCGACAGCUGCUCCGACGACGAGGAGGCUGCAGAAAUUCUCGAAUUUCCCCCGGAAGAAGACAGCCGGGAGGCAGCCACCUCCCUGGCAGAGGAAGACAGGGCUCCAAAAGAGAAACCAGAAGGUAAAAGAUCUUCUGGGCUGUUCAGGUUUUGGCUUCCGAGCAUUGGGUUUUCUUCCUCUGCCGAAGAGACACGCGCUCAUUCCAAAGAUGAAGCCCGCUUGUCGGCUCCUGUCCAGACACAGCCUGGGGCACGGCCCGAGGCAGAGCCACCUAAGAAGCCCGAGACGGCGGGCUGGUUUCGGUUUCCCAAAUUAGGGUUCUCCUCCUCUCACACCGAGAAAAGCAAAAGCUCUGAAGACGAGGCACCUCUGGCAGAGCAAAAACUCCAAGAACAAGCGGUCACGUUCUUCGAUGCCCCAGAAAGCUUCUCUCCAGAGGACAAGGGGGCCGGGGAGCCGGCGGAAACUGCGGGCGCCAGGCCAGGCGCCAGAGCGAUGACCACGUCCACAGCAAGGACGGAGCUGGUCCUGCUGGAGCAGGACCCAGAGGGCGGGAUGAACCUGCACCCGGGCCCACCACCAAGUGAGGACAGACGGACAGACGAAAGGAGGCCCUGCGAAGCUGCCACCGUGAGGGCGUGUGUGUCCACCUUGAUUCACAGCACCGAGAGCGAAGCAGAGAUGCCCGAGCGCGGCGGGGCCCCACCCUCACACAGCCCUCCCAAAGUGGGGCCCCAAACGUGCCGGCGCCCCAGAGCCUCGGCAGCAGAGGCGGCAUCCGGACUCCCCACGAGGCCCUGUGCUCCUGAGGAUCCUCAUUAGACACAUGUUCCUCGAGAUCCCGGCCCACGAGGCCCUUGCGAACACAGCUGCUGCUUGGAGAAGGGGCUGUGACGGCUGUGGGUGCAGAAGUCAUUUGGGGUUCAGCUCCUGUCCUGCUGCAGCUUCCUGGUGAAGGUAGUUUCCCUGUUUCCGACAGAGUCCGGCAUAUUCCAGGAAACCCCCUUCCCUGCUCGCUUAGAACCAGCUCACUCCGCUGUUGGGUGUCUCGCCGCCAGCACGGCAAGCUUUGGGAUGCGUUGUGUGACGAUGCACGCGCCCUGGGCUGGGGGCGGGCGAGCCAGCAGAGGCCAUUCAGACGGCCGUGAGUUCCCACGAGACGUCUGUGGGCGUCCGCUUGCCCGCCGGCACCCCCCCCCGCGUGCCCGGCCCCUCAGUGUACCCGCCGCAGCCAGGCUGCAG